AAAAGGAAUACCUCUCCUCUCCUCUCCUCCUCUCAUCGGAAGACAGCCGGACCAUCAGCCGAGCCUCCAAACACUGAGAUCCCCGGCAGACGGCCACAAAUCAGCCGGCGAGGGAGUUCCUGGGACUCUUAGCAGCGAGACGCUUCGAUUAUGAGAAUUAAAGGCUCUGCAAAUUAGCUGGUGAAAUCCCAAACCGCAUAGCCUGACAUUCAGCUCUACCAACAGACAGAGCAGCUCCACGCACCAGCAUGGAACAAGUGGGGGGCACCGUGCUGAGGGCACCCCCUACCUCUUCAGUGGCCAUCUACAAGCUGCUGCUGUCCUGCUUCAUCCUGCACUCUGUGGCCCAAGCCUUCAACCAGCCUCCACGAUUCCAGAACUACUUCUUUCAGACGUACCUCCUGAUCUAUGAAGAUACCCCUGUCGGUUCUUCUGUGACCCAGCUGAGGGCUGUGGACCCGGACGAGGAGCCACUGGUGUACGGGGUGGUGGGAGAGGAGGCCAUGAGAUACUUUGCAGUGGAAAGCAACACUGGAGUGGUUUGGCUGAGGCAGCCCCUGGAUAGGGAGACCAAGUCAGAGAUGCAGGUGGCGUUCACAGUCAGUGACAGCCAAGGGGUGGUCAAAGACACGGUGAACGUGCAGAUCGGGGACGUGAAUGACAACGCGCCCACCUUCUACAACCAGCCUUACAACGUGCGGAUCCCAGAGAACACCCCAGUGGGAACCUCCGUGUUCAUGGUGAACGCCACGGACCCCGACCAGGGCACAGGCGGCAGCGUGCUCUUCUCCUUUCAGCCUCCGUCGCCAUUCUUCUCCAUUGAUGGGGCACGCGGGACCGUCACCGUAUCGCGGCCGCUGGACUACGAGACCACAGUGGCCUACCAGCUCACCGUCAACGCCACGGACCAGGACAAGCGACGACCGCUCUCCAGUCUGGCCAAUCUGGCUAUCAUCAUCACUGACGUCCAGGACAUGGACCCUAUCUUCAUCAACCUCCCCUACAGCACCAACAUCUACGAGGACUCUCCGCCGGGCUAUGAGGUACGGAAGAUCAUGGCCAUCGAUCAGGACCGCGGGAAUCCCCGGGGGAUUGGCUACAGCAUUGUGUCAGGUAACACCAACAGCAUGUUUGCCCUAGACUACAUCAGUGGCUCCCUCACGGUGAACGGGCAGCUAGACAGGGAGAAUCCCCUCUACUCCGUGGGCUUCAUCCUCACUGUCAGGGCCACUGAGUUGAAUGAGGACCGCACACCCUCCACGGCCUCAGUCUUCACCACCUUCACCAUCCUGGUGGUGGACAAGAACGACAACGCCCCUCAGUUCAACAGCUCCGAGUACCGCGUGCGCAUCACCGAGCUAGCUCAAGUGGGCUUCGCCCUGCCACUCUUCAUUCAGGUGGAGGACAAGGAUGAGGGCCCUAAUAGUAUGUUCCAGGUGUUCCUCACGGGCAACAACUCGGACCACUUUACGAUUUCGCCCACGUCGGUGCAGGGGAGGGCGGACAUCAGGGUGCGAGUGGCCGUGCCUUUGGACUACGAGAAUAUCCGCAGCUACACCUUCUCUCUGUAUGCCAACGAAUCUGUGCUGGAGCACGUAGGCUUCGCUCGUGUCUACAUCGAUCUCAUAAACGAGAACGACAACCGGCCGGUGUUCAGCACGGCGCUAUACAACGUCAGCCUGCCUGAAAACACACCCACCGGCACGUCGCUGGUCCGGAUCCAGGCCACGGACAGUGACAUUGGUGGCUUCGGAGUGGUGCGCUACUACUUUAGCGAUGAACCUGACCAGUUCUCGCUGGACGUUGACACGGGCUGGGUGACGCUCAGGGGUAGCCUGGACUUCGAGCUGAUGCGGCGCUACACGCUGACUGUGCUAGCACGUGACGGCGGCGGCGAGGAGACCACGGGGCGACUGCGCGUCAACGUGCUGGACGUCAACGACAACGCACCCGUCUUCCAGAAGGAGGCGUACGCAGGAUCCCUGCGGGAGAACGAGCAGACCAUCCAGCAGGUGGCGCGAGUCAGGGCCACCGACGAGGAUGCUCCACCCAACAACGCCCUGAGCUACUCCAUCUCCUACGCCUCACAGUUCCUCAGCUUCUACAGCAUCAGCAUGGUGGAGGGCUAUGCCGUGAUCAGCGUCACCCGGCCUUUGGACUACGAGGCAGUCUCUGGUGGUAUGAUCUUCCUGACGCUGAUGGCCAAGGACAGCGGGAUCCCCCCUCUCAACAGCACUGUCUCCCUGACUGUGGAGCUCUUUGAUGAAAACGACAAUCCACCCACCUUCAGCCGACCGUCGUACGUCAUCACCAUCCCGGAGAACAUCAUCGCAGGGGCGACGGUUCUCUACGUGAACGCUACAGACAGAGAUGCCUCCAGAGAGUUUGGCCAGGAAUCCCUUAUCUACUCCCUGGAGGGGUCGCCCCAGUUUCGCCUGAACACUCGCUCAGGAGAGAUCACCACCACGGCCCUGCUUGACCGUGAGCUCAAAUCUGAGUACAUCCUCAUUGUACGAGCUGUGGAUGGGGGGGUCGGACCCCUGCAGAAGACUGGCAUCGCCACGGUGAACAUCACCCUCUCCGACAUCAAUGAUAACGCCCCAGUGUGGAGAGAUGAGCCCUACCUUGUCAACGUGGUGGAGAUGAGUCCCGUAGACACUGACGUGGUCACGGUGCUGGCUGUAGAUCCGGACAACGGGGAGAAUGGGACAGUGGUGUACCAGAUCAGCCCAGCCAACCCUUUCUACUCCAUAAACAGCAGCUCGGGCAAGAUCCGCACCAGCGGAGCCGUGCUGGAUAGGGAGAGUCCCAACCCCAGGGACACGCAGCUCAUGAGGACCAUCGUGGUCUCCGCCAGAGACAGCGGAAGGCCUCCACUGCGCUCCUCAGUCAGCACCACUGUCUUUGUGAAUCUGCUGGAUCUCAAUGACAAUGACCCCACCUUCCUGAACCUCCCUUUCACUGCCGAGGUGCCAGAGGGGCUUCCGAUUGGUUCCUCAGUCUUCAGGAUACAAGUGUCGGACCCGGACGAGGAUAAGAACGGCCAGGUGACCAUGGCCCUGCAGAUGGGCAUGCCCAGGCUGGACUUUGUCCUCAACACCACCACGGGAGGACUGGUCUCCAUAGCCAAGCUGGACAGGGAGCAGAUCGGGCAGUACCUGCUCAGGGUGGUGGCGUAUGAUGCCGGCCAGUUUCCCCGCUCCUCCACCAGUACCCUGACCAUCACAGUGUUGGACGUAAAUGAUGAAACUCCCACCUUCUUUCCGCGAGUGUACAAUGUGUCGGUCCUGGAAAGCGUGCCGCGGGAUUUUGUGGUGACUCGGCUGAACUGCUCGGACAACGACGCCGGACUCAAUGCCGAGCUGAGCUACUUCAUCACGGGUGGAAACGAAGACGGAAAGUUCAGCGUAGGAUUUCGGAAUGGUGUCGUCCGCACUGUGGUCGGCCUGGACCGAGAGAGUCAGGCCUCUUACACCCUUGUCAUCGAGGCUAUCGACAACGGCCCAGCUGGAAGUAGGAGAACCGGGACGGCUACCGUGUACGUGGAGGUGCUCGACGUCAAUGACAACCGGCCCAUUUUCCUACAGAACAGCUACGAGACCGGCGUGCUGGAGACUGUUCCACGUGGCACGAACAUCCUGCAGGUGCAAGCCACAGAUGCAGACCAGGGAGAAAAUGGUAGAGUUCUGUACAGGAUACUCUCUGGGAACAUGAACCGGCAGUUCAACAUCAACGAGCUGACGGGGCUGGUGACGCGGGGCGAGCGAGCUCUGGACCGGGAGAACAGCGGCUCACACGUGCUGGAGGUGGAAGCGUACAACAGUGACCUGGGCAGCAUGAGGAGCUCAGUGCGGGUGAUUGUCUACGUGGAGGAUGCAAACGACGAGCCACCAGUCUUCACCCAGCAGCAGUACAACCGCUUGGGCUUGCGGGAGACUGCCGGAAUUGGCACCUCAGUGAUUGUGGUCAGAGCCACUGACCCAGACACAGGUGACGGUGGAGCCGUCGCUUAUGCCAUAGUUUCAGGUUCGGACCGGAAGUUUGAGGUGGACGUGAGCACUGGGCUGGUGACCACGGUGGAUUAUCUGGACUACGAGACCAAGACCAGCUACUUAAUGAACGUGUCGGCCACGGACCAGCUGCCCCCCUUCCACCGUGGCUAUUGCACCGUCUACGUCACACUGCUCAAUGAGCUGGACGAGGUGGUGGCCUUCCUCUCGGCCUCCUACGAGGCCACGCUGCGCGAGAACAUCCCCACCGGCACGGAGGUGGUGCAGGUCCGCGCACGGUCCGCUGACAACCUCAACCAGCUGUCGUACCGCUUUGACCCCGACACAUCUCCAGUGGCCCUGGCACUCUUCAAGAUAGACAGUGUCACUGGACGCAUCACCGUCACAGGCUUGCUGGACCGGGAGAAAGGGGACUUCUACACCCUGACAGUGGUUGCUGAUGACGGGGGGCCCAAAAAAGAUUCAACUGUGAAGGUAUCAAUCACUAUAUUGGAUGAGAAUGAUAAUAGCCCUGAGUUUGACAUCACGUCGGAUGUGUCCGUCGAGAUUCCGGAGAGCACUCCCAUCGGGAAGAGGGUGGCGGUGGUGCUGGCUCGGGACAAGGAUGCUGGGAAUAACGGACUGGUUAACUUCACUCUGGUGGCCGGCAACAUGCGUGACGUAUUUGAGGUUCGCACCACCAACAACACCUACGGGGAGAUCCACGUCAACUCAGCGCUCGACCGGGAAACUGUGGACCGCUACCUUCUUAAGGUGAGGGCAACAGACAAUGGCUCUCCUCCCCGAUUCAGUGAGCUCACCCUCACCGUCAACAUCCUAGACGUCAAUGACAACCCCCCGGUCAUCCAAAGCCGAAACGGCUACAACGUCAGCGUGAGCGAGAAUGUGGGCGGAGGAACGUCUGUGCUGCGUGUGGCAGCCAGUGACCGGGACAUCGGCCCCAACGCCAUGCUCUUCUACUACAUCACCGGGGGCAACCAGGACCUGACCUUCCGCAUGGACCGCGUGACCGGGGAGAUCGUAACCCGACCCUCGCCCCCCGACCGUGAGCGCCAGCAGCAGUACCGCCUCACGGUGACUGUGGAGGACGAUGGCACUCCGCCACUGUCGUCCUCUACCACAGUCCUGGUUUACAUUGUGGAUGAGAAUGACAACGCUCCAGAGUUCCCAGUGGAUGAGUACGUCACGGUACUGAGUGAAGGUCCCAGCACUCAGGGUGCCACCAUUGCUACGGUGACGGCCCUGGACCCAGACGAGGGCCUUAAUGGCACUGUGCUCUAUUCCAUCGCCCGAGGAAAUUUAAUCCAGACUUUCCAAAUUAAUAACACCACGGGGAGCAUAGUAGCAGUGAAGGCCUUGGACUACGAGAUCAGCAGUGGACAUUACACACUCAUAGUUACAGCGACUGACCAGUGUCCCAUCCAUAGACUUCGCCUGACAUCCAGCGCCACGGUAAUAGUAAAUGUUAUUGACAUCAAUGACGUGACGCCCACCUUCCCUCGGCCUUACGAGGGACCGUUUGACAUCACUGAGGGCCAGCCAGGACCCCGUGUGUGGACCCUGAAAGCAACAGACGAGGAUUCGGGACUCAACGGCAAGGUGGAGUACAGCAUCACAGCGGGAGACCCCCAGAGUGAGUUUGUGGUAUCACCAGUGGACGGAGAGCUGCGCGUGAAGAGAGACGUGGAGCUGGACAGAGAGGCUGUCCCGUUUUACAACAUCUCCGUCAUGGCCCGUGACCUGGGGACGCCAUCACUGAGCAGCACGGUGGUUGUCGGCGUGCGGGUUCUCGACAUAAAUGACAACGACCCGGUUCUCCUGAACCUUCCGCAGAACCGCAGCAUCAGUGAAUGGUCCCCGAUACACACCUCUGUCACACAGGUCCUGGCGCAGGACGCCGACAGCGGCCGCAACUCCCUGCUUACCUACAACAUCACCGCCGGUAACACGGAUGGAGCUUUCUACAUAAACGACACGACAGGUGUUGUGCAGGUGAACAGGCCACUGGACAGAGAGCGAGUGGCGGAGUACAGACUGACAAUCACUGUCAAAGACAAUCCGGAGAACCCCCGAAUUGCCCGGCGGGAUUCGGACCUGCUGUUGAUCUCCAUCCUGGAUGAGAAUGACAACCGGCCCGUGUUCAGUCAGACCAGCUACCGGGCUGAGAUCAUUGAGAAUUCGCCUCCAGGUAUCAUGCUGACCGGCAGCAUGGUAUCAGUGCUGAAUGGCCCGGUGUUGGCUCAAGAUCGAGACGUCGGGCCCAACGCUGUGGUGCGUUAUCGGCUUAUGGGGCCGAGGGUGGACCUAUUUACUGCAGACUCCACCACAGGGGAGGUGAGCGUGCGUCUGGGAGCGGUCCUCGAUCGGGAGGCUUUCCCGGACCCUCGGCUGGAGCUGUUCCUGGUGGGGGAGGACGUGGGUGGGCUCAGUAGCAGCGUGCCGAUCAGCAUCACCAUCCUGGACCAGAACGACAACCCGCCCGUCUUCAGCCCGCCCAGCCUGACCGUGCGCCUGCCCGAAAACAGCCCCUUGGGUGUGGUGGUCACCCAGCUGUCUGCGAGCGAUGCUGACUCGGGCUCCAACGGUUGGCUGAUGUACAGGCUGGACAGUGGUGCCCAAGACAGAUUCAUCGUGGACUCCCUGUCGGGCGCGGUACUGGUGGGCAACUCCACCCUCGACCGUGAGGAGCGCGGCUCGUACCGGCUCAUCGUGGUGGCCACUGACCGCGGCACGCCUCCGCUUUCCGGGACGGCGACCCUCUCCGUUAUCCUCGACGACAUCAACGACUCACGACCACGGUUCCUGCAGCUGGUGCACACCAUCAACGUCAACGAGUCCACGCCUCCUGGUGUAGUGGUGGCUACUCUCGCUGCCGAAGACCCUGACCUCCGACCCCGCCUCGAAUAUUACAUCAUCUCCGUUGAGGCCAAAGACGACGGGAACAAGCCUGUGGACGGCCUGCAGGAUUCAUUUGGCAUUGACUUCCAUACAGGCGCUGUGUUUGUGCGCAAGCCGUUGAACCGAGAGCUGGUGGCCAGCUUCGACAUCAUUGUGUCCGUCCACGACAAUGCCAGUGAUGUCAUUGAUCAGUCAGUCAGCGUGCCCAAUGCAAGACUGACGGUGAACGUGCUGGAUGUGAAUGACAACCCGCCACGGUUCCGCCCUUUCGGGGUGACCAACUUCUCAGAGAUGAUUCUGGAGGGGGCCCAGCCCGGGACCACGCUCCUUUCCGUCUCAGCUGUGGACCCAGACAAGGGCCCAAAUGGCCAGGUGACCUAUGCCCUGCUCCACCUGCCCCAUGGAGGGUACCUGCGUCUCGAGGACCCCACUACAGGAAAGAUCCUGGCCAAUAGGACAGUGGACUACGAGCAGGUUCAGUGGCUGAACUUCACUGUGCGAGCCCAGGACCAGGGCAGCCCCAUCCGGGCCACAGAGCUACCCGUUUACCUGCGUGUCGUCGACGUCAAUGAUAACAACCCCAUCUUCCUGCAGCCCUCCUAUCAGAGGUCCAUUUUCGAGAACAUAGCCUUGGGAACGGUGGUCGUGAAAGUGAGCGCCACAGACGCCGAUUCCGGACUCUUCUCCGGUAUCGAGUACAGUCUGGUGGAUGGAGAGGGCAAGUUCGGGAUCAACCCCGCCACCGGUGACAUCUACAUCCUCUCCCCUCUGGACCGCGAGACGAAGUUCCUCUACACUCUGACGGCAGUUGCCCGGGACAACCCUGGGGGAAGUCCCAACAAUCGACGGGAGAAUUCAGUUCAAGUGCUGGUGACCAUCUUGGACGUGAACGAUUUCAGACCUCGCUUCUCGGAGCGAGUCUUCAGCACUAGUGUGUUUGAGAACGAGCCAAGCGGGACGUCGGUGAUCACGCUCACCGCCACCGAUCUGGACGAAGGGGACAAUGGAAUCCUGACCUACACACAGAAAGGAAAUGGAGCUGACGCCUUCUCCCUGGACCCGGACACCGGCCUGAUCCGCUCUCUGCGCCUGCUGCAGUCCUUCGAGAGCUUCAACCUGACGGUGGUGGCCACAGACCACGGACGGCCGCCACUGUCGGGCACCGCCACCCUGCUCAUCAGCGUCAUCGACGUCAACGAUAACCGGCCCGUCUUCGUCCGGCCUGCCAACGGCACUAUCAUGCACAUCUUGGAGGAACAGCCCCCAGGCCUGGUGGUAUAUGAGGUAUUUGCUACAGACGGGGAUGAGGGCGUGAACGGGGAGGUCCGCUACGCCUUCCUUCAGACUGGAGCAGGCAACCGGGACUGGGAGAACUUCCACAUCGACGCCCUAACUGGAGUCAUCACCACGGCUGUGCGGCUGGACAGGGAGAAGCAGCCCCUGCACAGUCUGAUCAUCGUGGCCUACGACCUUGGCCAGCCAGUGCCUUACGAGACCACACAGCCCCUGCAGGUGGCGCUGACAGACAUCGAUGACAAUGAGCCCGUCUUCCUGAAGCCCCCGCGGGGUAGCUUGCCGUACCAGUUGCUCUCAGUGCCGGAACACUCCACUCCAGGCACUCUGGUGGGCAACGUGACAGGGGCAGUCGAUGCAGAUGAAGGCUCCAACGCUGUAGUGUACUACUUCAUAGCAGGGGGCAACACUGAGGGGAAUUUCGCCCUGAGCCCAUCUGGAGCCCUCCGGGUGAGGAAGGACCUGGACCGGGAGUACAUCCCUGUGUACUCCAUCAUCAUUAAGGCUUCAAGCAACCGCAACUGGACUCCCCCGCGGAGCCAGAGAGCAUCGAGGCUCCUCAGCCUGGACCCCGGUCGCGACCCAACCCUGCAGGAGGUGCGGGUCCACCUGGAGGACAUCAAUGACCAAUCUCCACACUUCACCAAGCCAGAGUACACUGCAGGUGUGGCUGCAGAUGCCAAGGUGGGUUCAGAACUAAUUCAGGUCCAAGCUGUGGACAAUGAUAUAGGCAACAACAGCCUGGUCUUGUACAGUGUAUUGUCCAUCCGCUACAUCAGGCUGCAAUCCAAUGAUUCUGAGGACAUCGGCAAUGUCUUCAUCAUCGGUGAGACAGAUGGAAUUAUUCGUACCUUUGACCUUUUUACGGCCUACGCUCCGGGAUACUUUGUGGUGGAGGUUCUGGCCCGAGACCUGGCUGAGCACAGUGACGUGGCACUGGUGGGCAUUUACAUACUGCGGGAUGACCAACGAGUGAAGAUCGUCAUCAACGAGAUCCCCGAGCGGGUGCGCCUGUUCCAAGAAGAGUUUGUCAACCUGUUGGCCAACAUCACCGGAGCCAUUGUCAACACUGACGACCUGCAAUUCCACGUGGAUAAAAAAGGUCGCGUAAACUUUGCUCAAACAGACGUUCUUAUCCAUGUUGUCAACAAGCAGACUAAUCGCAUCCUUGAUGUUGAGAGGGUCAUUCAGAUGAUUGACGAGAACAAGGAGCAGCUGAGGAACCUGUUCAGAAAUUACAACGUCCUGGAUGUCCAGCCUGCCUUGAGCAGGAAAGCCCCAGUGGACAUGACCACCCUCCAGAUGACCACCAUCAUCCUAGCUGUGCUGCUCUUCCUCGCCGCCACGCUCUUCAUCUCCAUGAUCAUGUACUACCGCGCCGUGCACAAGAGGAAGCUGAAAGCCAUCGUUGCAGGCUCCACAGGGAACCAGGGCCUUAUGGACAUCUUGGACAUGCCUAACACCAACAAGUACUCUUUUGAGGGGGCAAACCCAGUUUGGCUGGAUCCAUUCUGCCGGAACCUGGAGCUCGCGGCGCAGGCUGAGCACGAGGACGACCUCCCGGAAAACCUCAGUGACAUCACCGACUUGUGGAAUAGCCCCGCCCGCACGCAUGGCACAUUUGGCCGUGAGCCCCAGGCCUCGAAACCAGAGGAUGACCGGUACCUCAGGGCUGCCAUACAGGAGUACGACAACAUCGCCAAACUGGGCCAGAUCAUGCGGGAGGGGCCCAUCAAGGGUUCCCUCCUCAAAGUGGUGCUGGACGACUACCUGAGACUCAAAAAACUCGUCGCGGCCCGACUGGUCGCAAAGUCUACCGGGAACGGCGACCGGUCAUCCGUCACCGAGCUGAUCCAGAGCGACCUGGAUGAGGAUGAGGAUGAGCGCAUGGUCCUGGGGGGUGGGCGCGGCACCCUGCGCCUCAAACACAAGCUGCCCGUCGAGGUGCGUGGCCCCGAGGGUGUGCACGCAGUCCACAGCAGCACAGGUACGCUGCUGACCUCCGACCUGAACAGCCUACCAGAGGAUGACCAGCGGGCCCUGGCACGCUCCCUGGAGGCUCUGCAUGGGGAUGGGGGCCUCUACUCGGAGCGCAACGCCCGCACCGAAUCUGCCAAGUCCACCCCGCUGCACCGCACCAAGGACACCGACGCGCUGUCUGUCAGCCCGCUGGAGAUCACAGAGCUAUGACUAGCGGAGGCCUCACUGGUCUGAGCGCACAGUGUGCACAUGUGUGUCACGCCUCUCCUCUUCCCCUCCUCCUCUGGACGGGACAGUUUUGUCUGGUGUGCCCAGUCGGGAAGAAUGAAGGAGACUUCCCCUGCAACAAGUUUGAUGCAUUAAAUCUUGAAAGUUCUGAAGUCUGUCAGAAGAAAUGUUGGGUUUUUGAACUGUUUCAGACAGAACUGUGCAUGAAACCAGAGUGCAACCAUCCUAAACUGUGAGACCCGCAACCUGUGAGCUGCUAGAGCAGCCUAAGCCGCCCUGCUGGAGGCAGGAUAACCGAAAAAUUACAUUUAGAAGAUUAUGCCAGAAAAAGGGGCACGGUCCCGAUUGUGGACAAGCCAUGACCCCAGAGACAUCCACCAAGCUUCUGGGGAAGGGUCUCAAUGAGGGGGAUUCUGUCCUCACCCUGGAAUCAUAUCCUCAAGUACUCGAUUUUCCAGGGGAGAGCCAGAGAAGGAAGAUUCGGCGGAGCUCCAGACCGUCGAAGCUGACACACAGGUCGCGCACGCACACGCAGACCAGCGACAGGCCACUGCAGAGUCUUUUUUUAAAUAUUCAUUUCAAAGUUUGAAUUUUUUGUGAUUAAAAGAUUCAGUGGUAUAGACAUGGGGGAGGGGUGCAAGGUAACCUUUUUGUACCAAGACUGAAGGAGCUGCACAAAAGAGACUCCUGUUUCCCCGUCCUCGUAUGCAACAAUGAAACUGAGAAGCCUCCUCAAGUUAUCUGUCUCAGGACUUUGCUUUCCUGCACCCCAUUAAAUUCCCUAACCCAUCUGGACAGCCCAUUUAAGAAGGACCCACUCCUUUACCGGACGUGGCCUGGCUGUCUCACCUCUUCCUGUCUAAAAUCUUGUUACAGGGUCACUGCGAUAUAAGAUUAUAGGCAAAUGGCCAGGUUUUAUGCCUGCAGGCUUGCCUGCUGAGAAGGGUGCGGAUUACAGGAAGUAGAUAUUUUUAUUCUGCUUUUCAUGGAGAGGAACACAGGGGGCCUUGCUGGGAAAUGAAUCUGCUGAAAAAAAAAAUAUUUUGGGAAGCACAUUGGUGUGGGUUUGAAGAUUUGUAUAUGGCCACCAGUGACGCAGAAGGCAUAUACAGUAAACAAUUCAACCUCUUCACACCCAAGCUAAUAACGAAAUAAGCACUGCCAUCUAUAGACUAAGUGUGUAUGGGUCCAUUUUUACAAUGGUUUAUUUUCAUGGCAAAUGUAUGAAGGGGAGGCAAUAUUUUCUUGAUGAAUCUGCAAAAUUGAGUGUAGUGUUAAAUAUACGUCCAGGAUGUAAUUGUGUUCAGAAAUGCUUUUUGUUUCUUUUAUGUAUUUGUUUUUAUUUACAAUUUUUAUAUGCAAAUGUGUGCACUCAUUUUGUUUUUGUUUUUUAGCUUUGUUUUGUAUGUUUUUAUUGUUAUUGGUGUUGGAGCUGAUUGUCGCGACCAUUGAAUGAUGUAAUAAUUAAAGGUAUGAUUUGGGCCCGUUUGUUGUCAGGCCUGCUGGAGAUUCUGUGACCACACUUGACAUCUGACAGUCUCUCCCACUGAUAAAACUCCGGUCGGUUAUUAAAACAUAUCAACAGGCA